AUGAUAGCUUUGACAGAUGCUGCAUCUCAGGAUGAAAAUGUAUAUUACCAAUUGUGUUACCGGCUAAAUCAUGGUUAUUAUUGUUAUGACGUUAUUGUUGUUGGUGAUGAUGGUGAUGGUGGUGGUAAUGAUGAUUAUAAUGUUUAUGAUGAUGGUGUUGGUGAUGAUCCUGAUGAAAGUGGUGCUGUAGGUGUUGAUAGUGUUUGUAAUAAAGAUGAUUGUCGUAAUGAUGAUGAUGAUGAUGAUAGUGCUACUGGUGAUAAAAAUGAAGAUUGUUGUGGUGUUUGUGAUGAUAGUGGUGCUGACGAUGGUGAUGAUAAUGACUCCAGUUGA